AUGGCUUCUUUCUUUAACGGCAACAAUGUUGAAGUGUUCGGUCCGAACUCAAAACCCGCCACCACCUUUGUCCAAACCGACCCUUCUAAUUUCCGCGCCGUCGUCCAACGACUCACCGGAGCUACCACCCUCUAUCAACCGUCUGCUUCAGCCUACAAACUACCAAUCUCCACCCCCUCCCACCAUGCCGGAAAACCCACCUUUACUGAAAUUGGUCGCCGGAGAUCCGGUUAUAAGCUUCAUGAACGGAGGAAAACCAUUAGGAAGCUCGAGAUCAGUGUUGAAAAUGUGGCACGGCGGCCUUUGAUGUCUCCGGCGGCAAGAAAGAGGAGUGUGAGGGCGGAUGGUGAGAUGGUGGUGGCGUCGCCGGUGUCGACGCUGGAUGUUUGUGGUGGUGAAGGGAGCUGCCCUGGGACGCCGAUGGAGGAAGAGGAAGAAAAAGCCAUUGCUGAGAAGGGUUUUUACUUGCAUCCGAGUCCGAAAAGAGGAUCCGAACCCAAACUUUUGGUUUUAUUUCCUCUUAAUUCUCCUAUAAACGACCCAUCUUAUUCUCCAUAA